CCAGACACCAGCUUUUUCCAUGUUCAAAUGGUACCAAGGCAAAUGCCAAUGGCGGCAUUGCAAUCUGCAUGGUGUCCUCGAAUAAUUCAUUGACUGUUAAGAAUUGCUUUGCAACUUCGUGCUGCAGCAGCAGAGCUGGCAAAGAAACGUUUUUUGUCUACACGGAUUAUUCGUGAAGAAGAUGCAAGUGGAAGAGUACCGAAGCCAUGGUGCUGGAAGCCCAACAGCGCUUUGGCAAUGGAAGAAGGGCGGGCAAGAGGUGGUCUUUGCCAGGGGCCAAAGCGCCAGCAUUGGGGCUCUGCAGAAGGUUGCUUCAGCAUUUCUGCCAGAGGGGUAUCCGUCCAGUGUCACGCCAGACUAUGUCUCCUUCCAGGUGUGGGACACUUUGCAGGGGCUGUCCACCUACAUACGAAGCAUGAUCUCGACGCAGGUCCUUCUGGCUGGCUUCGGGGUUGGGGAGGCUUCCAAGACCGCUGCUGGGGCUACUUUUCAGUGGUUCUUGCGGGACUUUACGGGCAUGCUGGGAGGCAUUCUAUUCACCCUGUAUCAAGGGUCCAGUCUGGACAGCAAUGCAAAGCAGUGGAGACUAGCUGCCGACUUCAUCAAUGAUCUAGCCAUGUUGCUGGACCUCCUCUCCCCCCUCUUCCCGAACGCCUUCCUCACGAUGCUCUGCCUGGGGAGCGUUUUGCGAGCCGUCACUGGCACUGCGAGCGGAGCUACCAGAGCGGCACUGACGCAGCACUUCGCCCUCAGAAACAACGCCGCAGACAUCUCGGCCAAGGAGGGCAGCCAGGAGACGCUGGCGACGAUAACGGGCAUGCUCCUGGGGAUGGCCGUGGCACGCUGGACGGCAGGCCACGUGGUGCUCAUGUGGACCGUCUUCCUCUCGCUCACCGCCUUUCACAUGUACGCCAACUUCCGGGCCGUGCGCAGCCUGUGCCUGACCAGCAUCAGCCCCGAGCGGGCGGCCCUGCUCCUGCAGUCCUUCCGGGACAGUACGCACGAGUCAGUUCUCGAGCCCCAUGAGCUGCCCGGCCUGGAGACCGUCUUGCCGCUGCCACGUCAGCUCCGUCGCUCGGCGCCCAUCUCGGACCACGUGGUGCUGGGGGCCCGCCUGUCGGCUCUGCGGCUGGGGCCGUGCGCCGAGACCCUCCACUUGCUCCAGCAACGAUAUAGAGGAGAAAUGUACCUGCUGUUGUACCAAGACCGGCUUGUCCACGUCAUCCUGCACCGGGGUGCCACCCCUGCGCACAUUUUGCAGUCUUACGUGCACGCGCUCCGGCUCGUAGAGGCGCUUAGUGGGGGCCUGCGAGGGUUCAUUCUGGAGAAGGAUGAGAGCGGAAUCGAUGCAGCGGAACUGGAGGCCGCUGUGUGGAUGACCGAGUACUACGAUACGUUCUUGGAAAAGCUCCAGAGCAAGAGCUGGGCGACCGACAAGGUUCUCCUUGCACCACGAGAAUGGAGGGCGAGCUGGAAAAUUGACACUUCAUGACGCACCUGCAGCGCCUCGGAGCAAGCUUAUCAAGCUAGAUCCUGAGAUCAACUUUUGAACUCCCACAUGUUGGUGGCCGCAGUAAAACUGGAACGGGCUCCGAGUUUUCCCCGGCAGUCAUGGAAGAUGAGAUGUCUUACGACAUCGGUGGACGCAUCAGUUUUGGAUUGACGGGGCAAUGCAGUCCAUCUGAACGUGUGAUCAGAUGACAUGCAUGAGGACAUCCGGAAUGACUUGUUUGGUACGAACCCUAUAAUACUCGGGGACUGAAGUCACAAAUUAACAAAGGUUUGACACAUGGUAACGGGCAAACAAGCACGUGGCA